UUUGCCAUUUGCCAUUUGCCAUUUGCCAUUUGCCAUUUGCUCAACACACUCCAAAUGCCGUCCAAUUCAAACCAGCCCGAGCCCGACCUCCUCCAGCUGCGCGCCAUUCUGCGCGACGAGCUCAUUUCAAUCCUCGAAACGAUUCGAGGCGCCAAGUCGCUCGUCCUCGACAAGGACCUGGCCGGCGCGCUCAGCUCCAUCGUCGACUUUGCCGUGCUCAAGGACCACGGCGUCGAAAAAAUCUACCUUUUGGAGCCCGGCCCGCUGCCGGCCACGACGCCCAGCACAGGCAUAAUCUACUUUUCAAUGCCGCACGUGCGCAAGAUGAAGUGGAUCGCCGAGCACAUCCGCCGCAACAGCAGCUCGCCGCACGACUACUCGCUACACCUGGUGCCGCGGCGCACGCUGCUGUGCGAGCGCGUUUUGGAGGAGGAGGGUGUGCUGGGCGACAUUACUGUGUCGGAGUACCGGAUGGAUUUUAUCCCGCUCGAGGACGAUCUGCUGUCGCUGGAGCUGCCCAACACUUUCAAGGAUUUGUAUUUGGAUGGCGAUUUUUCUAGCAUACAGUAUGUUGCACGCGCCGUUAUGCGCCUGCAGACGCUCUAUGGCUUUUUCCCGAGGAUUGUCGGCAAGGGCGACUUUGCUCGCAUCCUGGCCGACUCGCUUACUAGGAUGCGCUUGGAAAUGGUCGCUGCGUCCAACGCAUCGGCGAAGAACACGGCCGUGCUCGCAAUGUCCAGUGUGUUUGACUCCGUUGUCAUCAUCGACAGGGCCGUCGAUCUGGUCACGCCCCUGCUGACCCAGCUCACAUACGAGGGCCUGAUCAGCGAGGUUUACGGCAUCACCAACGGCUUCGUGACCCUACCCCAGCAGCAGCAGCAGCAGCAGCAGCAGAACACGCCCAACACAGCAUCGGCCAGCCAGUCCCCGCCAUCACCGCCAUCGCCACCACCCCCACCAUCCGCCAGGGGCAGCAGUAGUGCACCGCGUCGCAAGCGCCUGGCCCUGAACUCCCAGGACGACGCCAUCUACCGCGAGACACGCUCGAUGAACUUUGCAUCCGUCGGCUCCCUCCUCAGCAAAAUGUCACGCCAGCUGCAGGACACUUACGAAAGCCGCCACAAGGCCAAGACCGUCCAGGAAAUCCGCUCGUUUGUCGGAAAGCUUGGCUCCCUCCAGGCCGAGCACCAAUCGCUUAAGGCCCACGUCUCCUUGGCCGAAACCAUAGUUAAGCGCACACAGUCCGACGAUUUUAACUCGCUGCUAGAUAUUGAACAGACCCUGGUUGCCGGCUCAGACCUGUCCAAGGAGCAAAUGGCCUAUGUUGAAAAACUCUUUGCUCUGGCUGAUCCCCUGGCUAGUGCCCCCGGUGUGCCCGGAAACGACGAUGUAACGUCGUCGACCCAAAUGCUGCCGCCGCCGGCUCAGGCCCCGCAUUCGCUGUACAAGUGCCUGCGCAUCCUGUGUCUCUACUCGCUGUGCCGCAGCGGCCAGUCAGGCUUUAAGCAGAAGGUCUAUGACGCUUGGUACGAGGAGCUUGUUUCUGCCUUUGGCCACCAGCAGACCGUCACUCUGGAUAACCUCAGCAACGCUGGGUUGUUUCACCCAACACCCAGCAGCGGCCUGCUGAACACCGUAGCACCGUCAACUAGGCCACGGAAUUCCGUGCAUACCAACUCCAUGGCAUUUCUGCGCAAGUCGCUCAACCUCGUUGUUAGUGAUGACAUCUCGUACGUGUACUCUGGCUACGCGCCGCUCUCCGUCCGCCUGCUGCAGUGCCUGGUCCGGGACCCGGCCGUCUACACUGCACCCACCUCCAACCGCUACGCCUCCCUGCUCCUACGCCCACUCAACAUGUCGCUGCAAACAGCCAGCAACCGCCCAGCCUCUCUGCAAACCUCUGAUGACGGCACGCAGAAUACCGGCGGUGUGAAGAGCGGGUGGACUGGGUGGGAGGAUGUUUUGAACGAGUUGCCCGGCGAAACCGUUGAUCUUACUGCCGCGGGUGCUGCUGAUGCUAUGAUUCGCAGGCUCGGGGAAAAGGCUCCUGCCACUUUGGUCGUGUUCCUUGGCGGCUGCACGCAUACGGAGAUCGCUGCCCUGAGGCUUUUGUCGCUUCAGCAUAACCACCGCUAUGUCGCCGCGACUACAGAGAUCAUCAACGGCAACUCGUUCUUAGAUCCCCUGAUUCAGAAAACCCUGCCAAUCAAAUAAACAAACCGUGGUUCGAUUGUACCAUUUUUCUCCAAAAAAAACAUAAAAUGCCGCAAGUCAACUGCCGCCAGACAUUCUCUUGUCUAUUUUCAAAAAAAAAAUUCACUUUGGGAAAUCCUUACCUUUUUUAUUUUUAUUUAUUUUAUUUCACCGUAAUAAGAAAUUACACAAAGCACUUGUCGUAC